CCAAAUGCGCUUGCACAAGAAGCGCUCUUCGCUUGUCAUGCUCGCUACCCUCGCUGUUGCCGUCCUGCUUUUGUGCGGCGCCCGCAACGGACCCGUCUCUGCCGGACCAGGACUGUUUGGUCUUCCAAGUUUGAUCGGCGCUGAUGCGCAACAAGUCAUAUGUCCUCGGUGCACGUUUGUCAACGAGACAGUGAACUGGCAGAUUCUGCCCCGUCUGGCGCCGUUCACGCUGGCAAGCGGCGACGGGGCGCCGUCGCAAGACACGGCCGUGCGAUUGUGCCAUGACACCAACGCGCUUCACGUCCGAUUCGACGCAACGGACAUUGACAUUAUCAACAAUUAUACCACGUGCAAUUCGGACAUUUGGAACCUCGAAACAGUCGAGUUUUUUGUCGCACCAGGCCCUGAGACACCAACAGUGUAUCACGAGCUCGAUCAGAGCCCCAAUCCGGGAGCCUACUUUGCAUCACUCAUCCACAACCCCAACGACAAGUGUGCGGGCAUUGUUGGAAACCUCAUGUCCUGCCCAACUGUCGGAGUCUCAUGGGCCACCGGUCGGGUCAGCAACGGUUGGUGGGCGACCAUCGUGGCCGACUUUGACGUGCUCGUCAACCUCACUGGCGACGCUCGCGGCUGGCAUUCGGAUCCUCGCCAGUUCGGCGAGCAGCUUUCGGUGCUCAAUCCUCCCGUUGACAACGAGCCGGUCGAGGUCCCCAUUUUGUUCGAACGCGAGGGUCGGGCGCCCAUUCCGAAAGUCUGGCGUGCCAACUUUUACCGAAUUGACGCUCACGCCAACGGCACCAUCGAGUAUUCCUGCUUGCACUCGACUCUGACAAACCCAGCUUGCUUCCAUGUUCCUUCGCGCAUGGUCGGUCUGUUGCUGGUAUAGUGUUGUCGUGGGCAAUCCGGGUUUGAAACCUCAACCGGUAAAAUUUGAAGUUGGGGGGGGGGGUUUUUUGGUUUUUUUCUCCUAUCAGUCGACCUGAUAACCAGAUAGGUUGCCUCUAGGUAGUAAUUCAGGAUUUUUGGCAUGUUUUGUGCACCGAGGCUCUGCUCGCAAGCACUUGUAGAAACGAAACACAAAAAAAACCAGACCAAAAAAACAAACACAUUCUACCCCGA